UACACGCGGGUGUUGAGAUGCAGAGCCGUGCCAUUGCAAGCGGAGCAGGAAGAAUGGCGCCACUAUAUAAUUCCGAUGGAUGUACCCCUUUUCCCGCAACCACCGACCAUCGGAGGCAUCGCGACACCGACUCUGACACCCCUCAGUGACGUUCCAAGCGUCGCGACGCUACCACGCGUUCCGGCAUUCGUUGCUUCAUCUGUACCGUGCGAACGAUAUGCCGUACCUUUACGAUUCCCCUCGGACACCAGGAAGCGACGUCGCGUCUUCAGGAACUUAGUCCAUCCACGGAUCAAGACCGCGGCCCUCGUCAAAGAUGCUGCACAUCGUUGCAUUACUGAGCUUUGCACGAGGAUGAUGGAGCAUCGCGCGAACAAAUAUGAGGGGGAUGACGAUGACGACGUCGUUUGCGGCAUCGAUAUUACAGAUACACCUACUACGAUAUCUUCCGAGAUUUCACCUAACUUAAAAAACGGUAUAAUACGGACAAAAUGGACAAAGUCCGUAACUGUCCAGACCAUAGAAGGUUUACCUCUACGAUUAAGGAUUCUGCCAUCUCUCAGAGACAUCGAGGAGGACAAUGGAAAUUCUUCGAAGGUCUCGAGAUUUAGGAAAUAUCUGAGAUUUUUAGGACGGUUGUUAUUAUCGCAAUUGGGUCUUCUUUGGUUACUUGUGAUAUGGAUGGUGGCAGGUGCAGCGGCGUUUUGCGCAACGGAAGGACCUCGCGAGCGCGAACAGGUCGUGUCGCUGAAGAACAUGCAGAAGGAUUUAGCAAUCGGCUUGGCGACAGAGUUGCGGCAAUUACGGACGGAACAGGAUCAAGAUAUGGAGCCAUUGUGGAGCGAUAAAGUCCGUCAAUAUGUUACCAAACAUGAACAACUCCUCUUGAUCGCUGUCAGUUCCGGCUAUGGCGAGGGUGGUAAUAGCGGACAGCUGUGGACAUUUCCCGGUUGUGUAUUAUUCGCCAUAUCGUUAAUUACCACUUUAGGUUUUGGAGCACCGGUUCCACGAACAACCGCUGGUCGCACGGUAGGGGUGAUUUUCGCCGCUAUCGGUAUUCCUGCCCAUUUCCUUCUUAUAUUGAAUUUCGGUCUUAUGGUGGCUUUUCGCCUACAAAAGUACGCGCUUAUCAGACAAGGCGUGCAACUCAACAGUGCAGAAUCGAGUUAUUCCAAACGUAUGCCGAAAUGGAUCCAAAUAUUGUCAUUUGUUGGCACAGUCAUAUACUAUGUUUUGGGGGUACUAUGCUUCGGCAUAGCGCGAUCGAGACCGAUCGCAGCGAGUUUGCUGUUUCCGUUAGACUUCACUGCGGCGGGCGGUCUCUCUACUAUCGUCGGUUACGUACGAAUACUAUACGGUCUGUAUUUGGAAGGCGCUGUUACUAUUGCGGCGAUAAUGGUAGCUAUAUUAAGAGUAUCAGCAACGCAGAGUCUUACAAACAUUGGACUCAAGUAUGGCCUACUGACCAAAGAUUAAGAUUAAUAUCUUUAAUUUACUUAGUACUCUUCAUUCUCUUCACAUUUUAAUU